GGAAGCCCAUUGAGCCCAAAAAUUUCCAGAUUUCAUCAUGCCGAGUUGACGCUUCAUUUCCGUUCGGUUUGAUUAUCGGUGAGACGAGACAGAAGGGGAGAGACGAUUGCUCUUAUAACUCUUCAAUCAAUGGCCAGGAGGACAGGUGAAGAAAAGUUAGGAAGGAGAGGCCGAGCGUGCGUCGUGGUUCUUGGAGAUCUCGGCCGUAGUCCUCGUAUGCAAUAUCAUGCUCUUUCUCUUGCUCGUCAGAUGUCUUUGGAGGUUGACAUUGUUGCUUAUGGAGGUUCUGAGCCCCACACUGCUGUUAUUGAACACCUGUCUAUUUAUAUUCACACAAUGACUCCAUGGUCAAUAGCUCCUCGAGGCCUACCAAAGUUGCUUCGUCCUUUACUGCUUGUGCUCAAGGCUUUAAUUCAGUUUUUCAUGCUUCUCUGGUUUCUUUGUGUUAGAAUAUCUUCUCCUGAUAUUUUUUUGGUGCAGAAUCCUCCUUCCAUUCCAACCUUAUUGGCUGUAAAAUUGGCAAGUUCACUGAGAAAGUCUGCAUUUAUUGUUGAUUGGCAUAAUUUUGGAUAUACAUUGCUUGGUUUGUCCCUGGGAAGAAGUAGUCGCUUUGUUUCAAUAUACCACUGGUUUGAGAAGUUUUUUGGCAAGAUGGCAAAUGGUGCUCUGUGUGUAACACAGGCAAUGCAACAUGAAUUGGCUCAAAACUGGGGAAUUAAAGCUACUGUAUUAUAUGAUCAGCCUCCAGAGUUUUUCCAUCCAACAUCGCUUGAGGAGAAGCAUAGGUUGUUUUGUAGACUGGAUAAGAACCUAUGUCAGCCUCGGGGUAUUCAAGAUUGUAUCAAUAAUGGGAUUAGGGGCCCCCACACAGAUGAGACUCUGUUUACACUUCAGUCUGGCACUGAUAUUUUCUUAAAGCCUAACAGGCCAGCUCUUGUUGUAAGCAGUACAAGCUGGACUCCAGAUGAAAAUUUUGGUAUUCUCCUGGAAGCAGCUGUGAUGUAUGAUAGACGUGUUGCUGCAAUACUGAAUGAAGAUGAUUCAACCAAUGAAGAGAUUCUUUGGAAAGAAAUUUCUGAUGAGAAGUCAUGCUUGUUUCCUAGGUUAUUGUUUAUCAUCACUGGCAAAGGACCUGAGAAAGAAAAAUAUGAAGAGAAAAUCAGGAGGUUACGCCUUAAACGUGUGGCAUUUCGUACCAUGUGGCUUUCAGCCGAGGAUUAUCCAUUGCUUCUUGGAUCAGCAGACUUGGGUGUUUGCCUGCAUACGUCAUCAUCAGGGUUAGACCUUCCAAUGAAGGUAGUGGAUAUGUUUGGUUGUGGACUGCCUGUUUGCGCUGUUUCCUACUCUUGCAUUGAAGAACUUGUUAAAGUUGAGAAAAAUGGCCUUCUUUUUUCAUCAUCUUCAGAGCUAGCCGAUGAACUUCUGAUGCUCUUUAAGGGUUUUCCGCAACAAUGUGAUGCUCUGAAGUUGUUGAGGAAUGGUGCAUUGGGAACAGGUUCUUCUUCAAGGUGGGCUACUGAGUGGGAAGAGCAUGCCAAGCCUUUAAUAUCUGAGGUUAUCUCUCAGCAUGUGAUUUGACAUCUGACUUCAGCUAGAACAUGUGAAACACUUUCAAAGGAAAUUUUACGAUAGGAGGUGAUACAAAUACUCGAUACAUGUCAGCAAUUAGAUAAGGAUUAAUAGUUUUGGUCAAUGAUACCAGAACGAUAGCAUAUCGAAAUUUGUAUUUGAUUGUGGUAAAGAAAUUUGGGUACUGACUUCAUGUAUGGAUAUUGAUUCGGAGUCUGGUUCUAAUUUAUAUUUUUUUCUAAUGCCUAUAGAUUGUGAUGAGCGAAAUUGGAAAUGAAAUCAAUGGCUGAAUUUCUUUUUCCGGUGAA